CACCUUCUUUCCUCUAGUGUCUGAUUUGUAAGCAAGGAAUAAGAGAUGAAAUCCAUGUCAAUUGAUCACUGAAACAACUUAUUAGCAUCAAAGAAAACAUGUCGAUCCCUGAAACAACUUGUUAGCAUCAGAGGAGAGAGAGAGAGAGUCUAGAUAUGGGGAAUUGCUUUGGUGGUCAAGGUAAAGCUCAGGUUAACAACCGUAGCCCAAGCACAACCAGACAUUCUACCCCAGUAACAUCAUAUACCAAUAGCAGCACCGAAGGUGGGCUUUCAAGCAGCACAACUAGCCAUAGCCUUGAUGAGGCGUUCCCAAGCGGUCACAUCUUGCCCACUCCAAACUUGAAGAUCUUCAGCUACGCAGAGCUGAAGAGCGCCACAAGAAACUUCAGACCUGAUACGGUUCUUGGCGAGGGUGGUUUUGGGAAAGUCUUCAAAGGUUGGAUCGAUGAGAAAACUUUCACUCCGACGACGAAGAUCGGUAAUGGAGUAUUGACUAUCGCAGUAAAAAAAUUGAAUCCAGAGAGCAUGCAAGGAUUGGAAGAAUGGCAGGCGGAGGUGAAUUUCUUGGGGAGGCUUUCUCAUCCCAACCUUGUAAAGCUCCUGGGUUACUGCAUUGAUGAUAAAGAACUAUUACUUGUGUAUGAGUUUAUGCAAAAGGGAAGCUUGGAGAAUCAUCUUUUUAGAAGAAGUUCAGCUGUGGAACCAAUUUCUUGGAGUAUACGGCUUAAGAUAGCAAUAGGGGCCGCUCGAGGCCUGGCUUUCUUGCACGCUUCAGAAAGGCAAGUCAUUUACAGGGACUUUAAGGCCUCCAAUAUACUACUCGAUGGGAAUUACAAUGCCAAACUAUCAGAUUUUGGGUUGGCAAAAUGUGGGCCGUUGGCAGGUGACUCACACGUGACAACACGAGUUAUGGGCACUUACGGUUAUGCUGCACCUGAGUAUGUUGCCACAGGGCAUCUGUAUGUGAAGAGUGAUGUAUAUGGGUUCGGAGUGGUGCUGCUUGAGAUAUUAACAGGCCUACGAGCUCUGGACACGAACCGUCCAAGUGGGCAGCAUAAUUUAGUUGAGUGGGCAAAGCCAUCUCUAAAUGAUAGAAGAAAAUUAAAAAGCAUAAUGGAUGCUCGCUUGGAAAAGCAGUAUCCCAUGAAAGGUGCAUUACAAGCAGCUAAACUUACUCUCAGUUGUCUUGGCCCUGAGCCUAAAACUCGACCAUCAAUGCAACAAGUUUUGGAAACUUUGGAACAAAUAGAAGCCAUCAAAGAACAGAAGAUUAAGCCAAGAAGCACCAGACCAGAUCACUCCAGAAUGACCACUUCCACUACUUCUAGAUCACCAUCAUAUCUUCCUCCUCCUCAUCCUCAUCCUCAUUUUCAUCCUCACCCUCAUCCUCCUGAUCAUCAUCAUCAUUAUCCUACUAAUACUGGACAUCAUCAUCACAUCCAUGGCCAACAGCACCAUCAUCGUGCCCCUGCGCUUCGCCAGUUAUCACUUCCACCAUCCAAAGCUGGAUGAUUGUAUGGUCAUCAUCUUAAAGGAUCCCAAAUUUUUUUUGUUGAUGGAUAUUCAUGGUCAUCUCAAAUGUGAUGGUGUCUUCAUGGUGGUGUGACUGUAUUACAUGGUUGAUUACAUCACAAAAGGGAAUUAUUUUUUGAACAUUUCAUUGCUUCUGGAUGAUAUAAUUUCAAGGAUAUUAGGAUGGCCUCCAAAGUACAAAAGGUGAAGCUUCUUCUUCCGGG